CACACCUAUCUUCUCUGCGCCUUAUUGGGAAGAAGAUCAAAUUUUAAUACAAACCAUGACAAACAAAGUUCAAGUAAUUGCUCGUGUCUUGCUAUGGGCAGCAUGUAGCACCUUGUUGGUCCAGUCAGGGUUAGCUCAGCUGCCACUAUUACCUAAGAUACCCGGCCUGCCUGAUAUGACACUCCCUCCGAUUCCAGGCCUACCUUUACUUCCAGGUUUGCCUCAGAUUCCCGGUCUGCCCAAAAUCCCAUUACCUCCUAUUCCAGGCUUACCUUUAAUACCAGGUUUGCCCCAGAUUCCGGGGUUGCCUUUGCUUCCUCCACUGCCUCAUAUUCCAGGCCUACCUUCAAUUCCACAUCUACCUGGGGUACCAAGGCCGCCUCCACGAUCCCAAAUCCCAGGCGGGCCUUUACUUUCAGGUCUGCCCCGGGUUCCAAGGCUGCCUCGACCCCCUCCACCACCCCAAAUUUUGAGCGUUCCAACUCCUGGAAUUCCAGCAAGCAUAACUAAUGUUGGACACCAAUAGCCAAUUUACCAGGAUGUGUUGUGGAAAUUACACCUCUCCUUAACGGUCAAAUAAGCACUCUAGUAUCGGUUUGUUGCAUAGCUUUAAUUCUAUAAAUGAAAUUUGUAUUCCAAAAUUGUUUCCUUUAAAUCCAAUCUUCCUUGUUGUUUUAACUC